GGCACAGAGCGGAUCAUGUUGAAGAUGAGCGGGUGGCAGCCACAGAGCCACAGUCAGAGCCGGAACCUGAGGAGAGAGUGUUCCAGAAGGAAGUGUAUCUUCAUACAUCACCACACCUGAGAGCAGAGCCUGAUCCAACUGCAGAGAUGGCAGCUGAGUCACUGCCUUUUUCCUUCGGGGCACUGUCCAGCUGGGAGCUGGAAGCCUGGUAUGAG